AUGAAACUACUUGUUUCUCUCAUUCUUUUGACUGCUUCAGUCAGUGCUGCUAGAAAUGGAAUUGACUUCAUUCAACCCGUCUCAGUUGCCACUUUCCAAUGUAUUAAGAAGGCAGGAUACUCAUUUGUGAUCCCAAGAGUUUUCACUUCCGUUGGAACAUUAGAUCAUACUGGAAUCAACAAUGUGAAGAACGCGAGAGCUGCUGGAAUCACUGAUGCUGAUGGAUAUAUUUUCCCAUGUUUGGCCACUCAUUGCCCAUCUGCAGCCAAUCAAGUCAAAGAGACUCUGGAUGCUCUCAAGAGUGCUGGAACUCAUGUUUCAACUCUUUGGCUUGACAUCGAACGUCUCGCAUGGCCAGCCAAUCAUGCCAGUAACCGUGCAUUUAUCGAAGCAAUGGUCAAAGAAGCUGAAGCAUUGAAACAGCAAGUUGGAAUCUAUAGUAACUAUUAUAACUGGCAAGAUAUCGUUGGAUUGGAUUACCAUGGAUUAUCUCAUUUAAUGCUUUGGUGGGCUGAAUACGAUGGAGAGAAGGACUUUGGAAAGUUCAGAGCAUUCGGUGGAUGGACUCGUCCAACUAUUCAUCAGUGGCAUGGAACUGAAACUGGACCAUGUGGAGUCAGUGUUGAUAUGAAUUAUGUUCCAUAA